GAAAGAUGAGCUGUUCCUGCUGCCACUCCAACUCCGCUCGUCUCUGGCGGCUUCUCAGAGGGGCAGGGACGUCGGGCGGCCCCGCUGGACCAAGGGAAGGACCGAGACCGGCGCGCGGCUUGCUUCAGACAAGCCCAGCCGGGGCCUCACUCACGUCCCUCUCUGAGGCCAAAUGUUCUCAGCCUGGAGGAGACCAAUGUUCCUGUCUGUUCAUGAGGACUCUGUGCCCGUCAUGGCCUCUUCCAGCGCCGAGAUGCUCAACCUCACCUCGCAAGUGCUUGUGCCCGCUCUCAACGGGACCCUCUCGCAGAGCAGCCCGUGCUCGCCCUCCGAGUGGGUGAGCUGGCUCAACGCCAUCCAGGCGCCCUUCCUCUGGGUCCUGUUCGUGCUGGCGGCACUGGAGAACCUCUUCGUCCUCAGUGUCUUCUGCCUGCACAAGAGCAGCUGCACGGUGGCGGAGAUCUACCUGGGCAACCUGGCCGCGGCGGACCUGAUCCUGGCCUGCGGGCUGCCCUUCUGGGCCGUCACCAUCGCCAACAACUUCGACUGGCUCUUUGGGGAGGUGCUCUGCCGCGUGGUGAACGGCGCAGUCUACACAAAUCUCUACAGCAGCAUCUGCUUCCUGAUGCUGGUGAGCAUCGACCGGUACCUGGCCCUGGUGAAAACCAUGUCCAUGGGCCGCAUGCGUGGGGUGCGCUGGGCCAAACUCUACAGCCUGGUGAUCUGGGGCUGCACGCUGCUCCUGAGCGCGCCCAUGCUGGCCUUCCGGACCAUGAGGGAGUAUGCAGACGAGGGCUACAACAUCACCGCCUGCAUCAUCGUUUACCCAUCCCGCACCUGGGAGGUGUUCACCAACAUCCUCCUGAACUUCGUGGGCUUCCUGCUGCCCCUGUGCGUCAUCACCUUCUGCACAGUGCAGAUCAUGCGGGUGCUGCGCAACAACGAGAUGCAGAAGUUCAAGGAGAUCCAGACAGAGAGGAAGGCCACGGUGCUAGUCCUGGCCGUACUGCUGCUGUUUGUCAUCUGCUGGCUGCCCUUCCAGAUCAGCACCUUCCUGGACACGCUGCUGCGCCUCAAAAUCCUCUCCAGCUGCUGGGAUGAGCACGUCGUCGACAUCCUCACGCAGAUCGCCUCCUUCGUGGCCUACAGCAACAGCUGCCUCAACCCGCUGGUGUACGUGAUUGUGGGCAAACGCUUCCGCAAGAAGUCGAGGGAGGUGUACCAGAGGCUGUGCCAGAAAGCGGGCUGCCUGUUGGAGCCCAGCCAGACGGAGAGCUCCAUGGGCACGCUGCGGACCUCCAUCUCGGUGGAACGCCAGAUUCACAAGUUGCCGGAGUGGGUGGGGAGCGGCCCACCCUCGGGGAGCAGCAGUGGGAGCGGACGUCCCCAGGGCUACACUGAUUCGCGUGAGGACUGACGGACAGGUGCUCUUCAGGAUGCGCCUAAGAAGGAAUGGAAGGCACCCCAUGUGUGACCUCGGGCGAUGAGGAAGUGUCUCCAUUAAAACACAGGAGCAGAGUUUGUGCCCUGCCCAAGAUGCGGUGAGCAAGGCUAUGAGGAUGGGUGACCCUGUGCACCGCAAGGGCUCCAUGAAAACGACGGCAUUAACGUCUUAUCUGCUGCCACCCCUGGGCGAGUGUGCUCCCUCCUAGGACUGGAGGUGGGGAGAGGUGUGACUGAGCCUUCCUCCCACGUGGCGUCCCCCCUGCCCCAGCACGACAGCUCAGAUCUCCAGGAGAACUGCCACCCCGGCUUUGGUGUGGUGGCUGAGCCCACGCACAGGGCCUGGCUGAAUUUUCGCCUGAGGUCUCUUCAGUCCUCUCAGCUAGCACUUCAGAGGAUGAUUUCUCGGAUUGAUGAAGGUUAAACCCUGGGGGUCCCUUCCCUGGGAGGAACCCAGAGACCAAGAUUCUGUUUCUCCCCUCGCCCAUGGACAAGGUGCAGCCUGAGCCAAAGAAAACCCAAUAAGCACUGAUCCAGCACUUGCUGUAUAUGCAGCAUUGAGCACUGUGGGCAGGAGGGAAAACAGAGACGUUGCAUCUUCAUCUUGAAGGAACUUGCAGACUCCUGUGGGGACAACAGCGCAUGUGCCACCCCCAGCAGGCUGUUCUAGGACUGGUCCAGCGCGGCCCUGUGGGCAGCGCAGGGGCAGAGGGAGAGAGGCCGGAGCCGGCUCAGCUAUCAACUAGUUGCACAUUGCCUUGUCUCUGCCUCAGUUUCCUCCUCUGUAACAUGAGGUCAUUGGAGCACUUGGAAAAGCGAAAGAUGCUGUGUAAAUGUCAGGCUUUAUUAUGCGCACAGAACAGAGAUAAAUUUCUUUUCAGGAAAAAGACACUCGUGUGGCAUAACUCUGCAGAGGAGAAUGCCAAUUGUAGCUAAUGGUUGUGUAAAGCACCUAUCAAUGUCUGUCACAUAAUAGGCACUCAAUGGUAUUAGUUCCCUGCCAUCUUUCUUUCCCGUCACUCUGCACCCCCCCGCCAACAGGUGCACAUGCAGGCAUCGUGGGGGAAGGCCACCCUCUCACCCUUUGAUCUGUGAUGAGGCAGAGAGAUUUCUGAUCCAACAGGCCCAGGGGAUCCCAGGGCUCAGAGCCUCAGCAACGGAGGGGGCCAACCCAAGGUUUCUCUGAGGGUGGCCCGGUGGGGGCCACCCCGGGGCAGCAGACCAGUGAUCCAGGCACGAAGGUCACUUACCUCAAAGCAUUGCUCCCAGGACCAACCUCCCUUACACAGCGGGCUGAGCGCCUCAUGGGUGUCACCCGCAUCCCUGGGCCAGCGAGGCCUGUGUCCCGGCUGGGAUGCCUGAGUCCAGGUGCGCGUGACCGUGAGGAAGCCCUGGGGACAAGGCCCCACACGAUGAACAGGUCCACGCUGAACAGAGAUGGAUGGACGCCCUCCUCAGGUGGCCUCCCCGCUGACAGCUUGCUGGUAGAACCAGCUGCCCGAGGGGCCGCAGCUCCGCCUCCGGGGGCGGGGGGGG